AUGAAGAAGAUGAUUCAUAAAUAUGAGAAAAUUUUUGGAGAUGAAGUUACAAAAACCUGCAUUUCAAAAUUUAAAAGCCUCGGAAAGACCGGUAAACCAAAAGAAAAUACAGAAUGGACCCUACUGUCUUGUUUCUUGAAAGAGGACCAUCACAGCCAGGCAUUAGAGGUUGUAGCUUUAGGAACAGGGUCAAAGUGUAUUGGUGCAAAGCAGUUGCCAGCCAGAGGGGAUGUCAUUCAUGACAGCCAUGCAGAGGUUAUUGCAAGGAGAGCUUUUAUGGUUUAUCUCCUUGAUCAAGUGGACAAAGCUUCAAAAGGUCUGGUGAGUAUAUUUGAGGAGAAAGAUGGUAAGUUUAAACUCAAGACAGGCAUUAGUUUCCAUUUUUAUGCCAGCCACACUCCGUGUGGUGACGCAUCUAUUUUCCCCAAGCAGGAAUGGGGAGAGUGUUUUGGGCAAAACAUAGAGGACACCACAGUGAAAAACCCUUCCAACAACUGUAAAAUCUCUAACUUGAAGGGGGAAGACUCAACAAAUUCGGAAGAAAUUUUUUCAGGUAUUGAUGAUGGGGAACCACCUUUAAAAAAAAUUAAGACCAAUGAAGUAAGUGUAAAUACAAUUAAUGCCAGUGAAGAAGAAAACCUUGAAGAUUCUACUAAUGUCUGUGUGAAGAAGACCAACAAUGUGGAAGAAACAUCUCGGAAAGAAUUUGUAAAGAAGUUAAGUACUAUUAAUGACCAGCAUGUUCCCUCAGAGUCAGAGGCAAGUACUGAGAGAAGUUUGACCAGAAAGAUGAACACAGUAUCAGAUAUCUAUCGAACAGGAGCAAAAUGCAUAGAUGGUGAAACUCCAGAUCCUAAAAUGCCUGGUACUGACUAUCAUGUAACUGGUGUUCUACGCACAAAGCCUGGUCGUGGGGACCCCACACUCUCCCUCUCCUGUAGUGAUAAGAUUUUCAAAUGGACUGUUUUAGGUACACAAGGGGCAAUCUUAAUGUUGUUCCUUAAUGCACCUGUAUAUGUGGAGACCAUAACAAUUGGAAAAUGCUCCUAUAGUCAGGAAGCAAUGGAACGGGCUCUCAUAGGCAGAUUUGAGGAGAAAGUGAAAAAUAUCCAACUUCCAUUUGGAUUCCAGUUAGUCACACCUGUGAUAUUGCAUUCUAAUAUUGAUUUUCCUUUUUCUCAAAGUUGUGUAUCAAGAAAUGCUUCUAAGACAAUCAAAAUUAUGGCAUCCCCCACCAGUAUCAUUUGGAGUAGCAGCAAUAUUCAUGGUGACAAGCAUGAGGUUGCCACUAAUGGAUGCAAGCUAGGCACUACCAAGAAGAAUCGAGGCACUCCUAAAAGUUGGGUCAGUAUUUGCCGUCAUGCCAUCUUCCACAGAGUACUGGCUUUCUUAUGUGAGCAUAGUGAAUUCAUGGAUAGCCUUAUUAAGCAAGGUGAUAUUUCAUAUGGAGAAUUGAAAUGUCAAGCACAUGAUUACUACAAGGCUUGGGUUAGCUUAAAACAUCAAGUUCUACCAAAUUGGACAGUUAAACCAAAUUAUGUAAAGGAAUUUAAAGCUUAAUAAUUCCUCAUUGCAUGAAAAAAAUCAUAAUGAGUUAUACAGUAGUACAGUAAUUGUUGGUUAUGUUGUCAAUGACUUUAGAAAUAUUUGUUAAUUGUAUACAGUAUACUUCAAUUUUUUUUAAUUUGUGUGUUUAAUUGCUGACUGUUGUUAUGACCCCAAAAAAGAGGGAACAGUAUGUACCUGUACUGUAUAAUGCAGCUCAGAAUAUUUUAAAUUCAAUGUUUCUCGGAAAGUUAACAUUAAAUAUAUGUACAGGGGUCCUGGUAAUUAAAAAAAAAAUCUAAUGAAGUCAUACAUGUAUAGCAUGGAAAAAAGGACA